ACUGUUUCUUAUUUCUUGUGCUUCAGUGAGUGCGCUCCUUCGGCUGUUUUUCACCUGCUCCGCCUUGAUGAACAAACGUUCAACCUUGACAGUUUUGUACGUUCAGGUUUUGUGUGCCCCAAAUGUACACCAGGUAUUGUUAUUGCAUGGAGAUGUUCUAACUGCAGUCUUUGUCCGGUUGGUUACUUUGCCGUCGAUACCUCCAAACAAGUAAACAUGUUUGGUUCUUGUCAAGCGUGUCCUGCAGGUGAUAUAUUUUACUAAUUUUAAUAUAAUAUAAUUUUUAUUUAAUAUCGUUAAAUCUAUUUUAAAAUAGCAUUGAUCUGUUCAUGAAGGUAGCACGUUAUAUUGUCCUUAGUGUUUAUACGUUACAAUGACAGUCUGACUAUUCAAAUUGAAUUGAACUUUUCCACAAUGGCUCCCUUUCACAGAUGCACGCUUCUUUCGUCCGUGCAUGCAUUCCAUACACAUUUGCACACCCGAGUUUAACCUCUACAACGGCAACGGCAACAGCCAUUUAGCUUCAUAAUAGUCUCUCUAAGAAGACCAUCUAUACUAUAUAAAAAGAACUUCACGGCGCGGCUCAUUUCGGAUUACUUCUAGUCAACGCACCUGCACGCACAAAUAAGUAUUGUGGUGUUAAUUUUCUUUUAUCUUUAAAGACAACCGUUCACUACAAAUUUUUAGUACUUUUAUUUUUUACAAUAACCUAACAGGAGGCUUUUACCAAGACCAAAUGGGGCAGAUUAACUGCAAGCAAUGCAGCUUAGGGACUUUCGUCUCCAAAGAACGACAUCCGGGUAUCCGUGCAACUGACUGCUGGGCAUGUCCGUACGGUAGGAAUCAUCAUAGUCAAUAUUAUUCGUUCAAUAAAUCAUAUUGCUGACGAGAAAGUAAUUUCUACUUGUAGACUAAUAGAAAUUGCUUAUUUUGUUGCUGUACACAAGUCAAGGACAAAUUAAUCAAACUCGGGAAAUGUAAUUAACCACUUUCACAUUGCCCAUAAUACACACUGUCUACCCCUCAAAAUUUUGCAUAAACGCUGCAAUAUCUCUUGGGACGACUACUAUAUCCAAGAGAAAUUGGAAGACAAUGGUUGUGGAGAACUGGGAGAUAAACAGGGUGUAUUUUAGGCAAUGUGAUAAUGACAUGUUCCUGGCUGUUUCAAUAAAAGAUACCAUUAAAAAAAACUGUAAAUCACACAACAUCACAUCCCGGGAAAUAAUUUCUCUCUUUGAUUUGAUAAGUUUUGGUUUGCGUGAUACUUGAAAUUAAAUUUUUGAGCGUUAUUGUGGACGUCAUAGGCUUUAUGAGACCCUUUCUCGGUGGAAUCACCUGAUUGAAAUUUUAAGUUUCAUUCCUGAAUCAGAUCGAGAUAGCGACAGCAGCAUUAAGUUUUCGCAAAAACAUUUAUAUUUAAAGUUUUAGUUUUUCCGAAAUCAUCCCUUGUCAAUUGUUUUUCUUUGAACAGGGACGCUCUCAAACGAACAUGCUGGUUAUCGCGCAUGCAAAUGCCUGCGUAGAUUUUACCGUUUGGAUCGUUUUGGCCCAUGUUCAGAAUGUCCAGCUCAUGGCAUCAAAUGUGUCGACGAUACAGCAAUACUUGCACCUAAUUAUUUCUGGAAAUGGGCCAAUCAAAGUAGCAAAGAGUUCUACAAAGAGUUUGUUGACAACAUCCAUAGUUUUGGUCCUGACUACAACGAUACGUACUCCAAAUUUACUAUUUCACUGCCCAAACCAGUAAAAUGUCCUUUUGCUGGGUCCUGCAAGGGAGGAAUACAUUCAGAGUGUGAAGAAGGAUACCAAGGAAACUUGUGUGCUACGUGUUCUCAUGGCUAUUACUUACGAUUUAAUUUCUGUUUGAAAUGUCCUGGAUUCUUGGUUUCCAUAAUUUCAUCAUUGGUGGUUAUUGGAGUCUUUAUUCUGAUCUUUACAAUGGUUCUGUGGGGAGACUCCAAAAAGACAGAAAAUAAUCGUACUGUUGCAGAUAUCAUCAUGUCCUGCUUUAAAAUUGUCAUCGGGUUUUACCAGGUUAUUUCCGGUGUUUUCUCGGCACUGACCAGAGUUCAUUGGCCAGUUACUCUGAUCGCAAUGGAUAAGUUUCUGAAAUUGUUUGAUGGCAAUAUCUUUCAAUUUGCACCAUGGAGUUGCGUCUAUUCUCAACUUAGACUUAACCCGUUCUUACAAUUCAUCUUGGUUCUUUCUGUUACCUUUGUUGUCGUUUCUUUUGCCUUUGUUUACAUGUUCCUUCAAUUGCUGUACAUCAAAGGCAAUAAGGAUCGUCCAGAGAGCGAAAAGCUACGUGCUCUUUCUCGGUUGAAGAGGUCUUGCUAUCGGAACAUUUUCCUGUUUCUGCUGGCAUCAUAUCCCAUGACAAGUAAAACAAUUAUCCAAAUUCUUCCUCUUCAGGGCGCAUGCGUCAAACAUUGCUUUUCAGAUGAAGGAAGCCAGUGUAUCUCUCUCAUGAAGGCUGAUUACUCCAUCCAAUGUUUUACUCCCCAGCACAAGACGUAUUGGCCAUUUGCUGCCGUGUUUUCCGUAUACCCUGUGGGAUUUCCUCUGAUGGUACUGCUGCUUAUUUAUAAAUACCGACAAUCAGAGCGGUAUGAGGAACUUUCUUUUGGACUGAAAGUCUUUUUUGAGAACUACAAGGAUAAAUUUUGGUUCUGGGAAAUAACAGAGAUGUACCGAAAGUUGAUACUUAUUUCACUAAUUUUCCUUUUUGGUUCAGGGGGAGUAUCCCAGAUUGGUCUGACUCUCCUGGUCGUGAGUGUCUUUGGUGUGGCCUACACAUUCUUCCGCCCGAUCAAAGGCAAAUUUGAAGAUCUACUGCAAACCUUUGUUCUGUGGGUUAUCUUCUUUGACGUUUGCCUCGGGGCAAUGUACAGCACCUCUGACGUCACCAAAGAUAAUGACUCCUUGAUCGUGAACAUCCUGUUCGUCGUCCUCAACAGCUCUGUGCUGCUGGUUGCUUUGGGUAAGCCUAAUGAUUAUUCAACUGCUAGUUUCUUGACUGACUCAAUGAGCAGAGCCCCUUCUGGCUUGUGAAAAAUUAAAACCUUAGAUUCUCUUCAAUGAUUCGCAAAGCGGCAUCCUAACAAAGGCAGGAUAAAUAGUAAGUUCGAGAAGAAAGAGAGGAGAGAGAAAAAAAGCGAUGGCCGCACUAUAAGUUUUUAUAUUGGCUUCUUUGCACAGAGAUUUUGGCCGAAAAAGGUCCAUUGACCGAGUAGGUCUAUUUGCUGGAAACGUUUUCAAAAAUCGAGCUACAAAAAAUUGUACAUAAAAGCAGGGAUUUUAUGCCACCAGCACGAAAAAAUUAAAUGCCACUCUUUAGGAAGAUUGCAAUUAAUCUUAGCUAAUCUUAAAUUUUUAAUCCUGUUGAUUUAAAUAUCACAUGAUGUCUUAAACUUUUAUUUUUAGGUAAAGGGAUCGCGCACUUAUCGUUUGUAUACAAAAAGGUGUCAUCGUGUGUCCUACAUUGCAUCAAAAUGAUUCAUCGUGGAUUGGCUUAUAUCAAGAGAAAGAUUGUUAGCUGUUUCCAGACGGUCUUUGGCCAAAGAUCAGAGCCAUUUGAUGUACAAAGGCAUCUUCUGAUCCAAGAGUUCACUUGA